AUCAAGCAACAAGCCACGUAAGUAAAUUUUAAAUGGAGAUCAAGAGGGUACUAAAUUUCCAAACUUAUAAGAUCAAAAUAGAAAAUUUUAAAUUUAGGGACUAACUUCGGCGUCUGUACAGUAAUUGAGGGACGAGGCUUAACGUCGAAAUUUUCUUUUUUUUAUCCCAUUUCAGUUUCUUCCCAUGGCUUCUUAUUUUUUGUUCCAGAUCAUCAAGAAACAAAGAUUUAACUCAAAACUCACUCUUGCCACCACAUCGCCGUCGCCGACUUCGUUCUCCAUCACCGACGUCUUCACUGUCCGCCGUCGAACACCCUGUCAUUCUCCUGCUUUCUUCACUACUUGUUCUCAAUCUGACCGAUUCUAUCCCUUCUAGCCUAGCUCUUCAAUUUGCUUCUCCGAUUUGUCUGAUGAUUUUCUUCUUCGAUUUGUCUGCGAUUGCUGUCAUGUUUCUCUCUUUCCUUCGUUGAUUAACACCGAACCGACAAAAUUGGUGGCUGAACUGAAUAACUGAAAGCAAUUUCA